AUGGCCGACACGAAGAAAGGCAACCAAGCCCGGAAUGGCCUGACAACGGUGACAGGAAGCACGCCCCGAAGGCCGACACGGAGACAGGCAACACGCCCCGAGAGGCCGACACGGAGACACGCAAGCACGCCCCCGAAGGCCGACACGGGGACAGGAAAGCAGGCCCCGAAGGGGCCGACAACGAACGUAGACAGGCAAGCACGCCCCGAAGGGCCGACCCGGAGACAGGGAAGCACGCACAGAAGGGCCGACACGGGGACAGGCAAGCACGCCCCGAAGGGCCAGACAGGAGACGGCAAGCACGCCCCGAAGGGCCGACCACGGGACAGGGAAGCACGCCCGAAGGGCCGACACGGAGACAGGCAAACACGCCCCGAGAGGCGCCGACACGGAGACACUCAAGCACGCCCCGAAGGGCCGACACGUGGUACAUUAAAGCAGGCCCCUAAUGGGUCCUACACUAACUUAUACAUUCAAUCACUCCCCUAA